GGACUACAGUUCCCAGAAGGCGCUGUUCUCGCUCCCCGCCUUGCAGGGCUGCCCGCCAUCAGUUCUCCUUUCCCAGCGAGAGAGAAGCAGCUGGUUUGCUCCGGUCCCCAGGCGUGGACGCUGCUGCGGCGUUUGGACUUGGCGAUGGAAACGGAGCUACCAGUCACUGCAGAGCAAGGAAGCUGGCUUAAGGUAACCAAGUUUACUUGAGUCCUCCCGAUGGAUCUGGCAAAAGCCAUCUUAUUUCUCCCUUCCUGCUCUGAUUAAGAAGCCUUUUUUGUUUGCUGUAGUUGCCAAGUUGUCAGUUGCAAAACACCAGUAAAGGAGAAAAUCUUAGCAAAGGGAAUGCACGGAGGUCCUGCCAGAGAGGACAGGACAGUGCCCGGACCUGGGGAAGGCAGAGAAAUCCCUGUAACUUGUCAUCUUAGGAGUGUCUGUGGAAGAGACAACGAUGUGGAAAACACUACUGAUGGUAGACCUCGUGGGAGCCGGGAGCCGGGCUCCCUGUGUGCUCCCCUUCCUUCUCCCUGCUCUCCGGUACCGGUCGUCCUCAGCAAUUGAUCAGCACCACGAACUGGCUCGUGAGCGCUCCAAGACCGUCACCUCCUUCUACAACCAGUCAGCCAUUGACAUAGCAGCUGAAAAGCCCUCUGUGAGGUUGACACCCACCACCAUGUUGUAUUCCGGACGUUCUCAGGAUGGGAGCCACCUGCUGAAAAGCGCCCGUUACCUGCACCACGAGCUGCCUGUCCGCAUCGCUCACCGCAUCAAGGGAUUUCGGAGCCUCCCCUUCAUUAUCGGCUGCAACCCCACCAUCCUGCAUGUGCCUUUCAGCCGAAUGAUCACUAGGGUGACUUACGGACACACGGCAAUAAUAUGCCACAAAAUCACAGGCUGGCCUUCUCCAUGCUGUGAUGUUCUUCCUUGAAGAGGAAAAGGCGUGUGGUAGAAAUGAUAGAAGUAAACGAUUGUACUAGAUGAUGACAAUGUUCCUUACAGGGGAGCUAACUGGGUUCUGCUCCCCUCCCUGAAUGGAAAUUAGAAUCCCCGAGUCUUUUGUAUUUCCACUUCCCUGUAAUGUGAUGUAUCCCACAACGUAGUAGGUAAGCGAAUGAAAUGCUAAACCUUUCUGGCUCAAAACUCGAUUUAGCAAUGGCUGAUUCACCUCGACUGAGUGCUCUUUCGGCUGCUUGCUGUAUGAUGGUGACAAUUAGUGCUUGCUUAAGGCCUUGUAAGGGAGGCCAGCAAGAGUGAGUAACUGUGAUUAUUG